AUGGAAUCUGAAGCCGUCUCGCACGGCAGCUAUGGUGAAUCUGAAAAUGUCUGCGAUCGUCGCUCACAUGACUACCCACGUGCGACCAAGUGUCCUGUGUCCAUGGCUUACAGUCUCAAGUACCUGUUUCUCUAUGACACGAGCGUGAGCGUGAACAGACUGAAGGCGGACACAGAGGAUGAAGCGGGAGAUCCGUUGGAUUCCAUUCUCUUCUACUUCCCCAAAAAUGCUUCCAGCGACUCCCAAGUCCAGCUCUGUGGUCAGCUCAUGGGCGUUAUUCUGUCCAUGGAGUCCAUGUUCUCUCCUGUGACCAAGCUCGUGUUGGAGAAAGAGGUCACUUUGGUCUGGAACGUUGGGGACCAUUACCUGGUGAUCGGCUGCGACACGAAGCUUCAUCCGUGCGGACAGGAGCUCCUGCGUGAACUGCUGAUCGACGCGUUCCUGUUUUUCUGCGGGACGAUGGCGAAGAUCUCGAGUCGGCUGAGGCGAGGGAUGGACGAGGGCUCCAGGGACGUCCAUCGGCUGGGACCCAGGGGCGAGCACGGAGUGAAACUCAUGUCGUACUCGGAAGUCAUGGACAGCUUUGUUCCGGUCUGCUGCAGCAUCUUGCAGCGAUCUCUCGAGUCUCCUUUUCUGGGAAUCUCACUUCUCAGCGUCCCAAAGACAGCAUCAGAGUGCUUCAUGGAGGCACAGGAACUCCUGCAGGCAUGCGAGGAACUGCCGUGUGUUCUCGGUGGAGCGUUCUUCAUUGCCCGAUUGUUGAUCACAAGCACUCUUGGGAAACAUAUCACAAAAAUGAUCUCAAUAGCUGAUGUUCCUAGGAUGCAUUCAGAGGUGUCAGCCAAGACAAUCCUGACAAGUGUGUGGCUCCCAGUGGUAGAAUACAAGAAACUCCUCGAGAAGCGGCAGCAGCCUCAUCCGGAUCCUCAAUGGACUCAUUCAUCGUCUUCCUCGUGUUCGAGCUGUGAUAACCUUCUGAUAGAGACUAGUCAUGACUGUGUUACUCAACCAUUUCCCAUACCUUCUGCUGCAUCUCAAGAUGCACCACCCAUCAAGAGGUGCAGGUCUGUCCCCAAUGUUUCUGAUUCUGGUCGACCAUCCAAGGAGACAGAUGGCACGCACUGCGAGAACGGAGCAGUUCGAGCCUGGCUGGUGAUCCACUGCAGUGGAGAGAUGCUUUCAGCCUUCAUCAUUCACUUUAGACUCUCUGUGUCUCCCCUCAACAGGAAACACAAAUGGGAGCUGCAGCCACCAUGGAAAACAGUUGAUGACUUGGUGUCCCUGUUGAAGAAAAGGGUCCAUAUCAUCGAAGGAACUCUGUGGUUCCAUCUGAAGCUCCACGGUCAAGCAAAUUUCCCCACUUCAUCUCAUUACGGCUGGCUGAAGCUGGACCGUCAAUGGGACGGCAUCGUUCAGGAGGGUUCCAAGACGACCGUCGACCAUCAAUCGAUCUCUGAUAUACAGUCCACUCUUGCAUGUCAUCCUGUGAAGCAAAUUGCAAUCAGAGCGGGACAGGAUCGUUUGAUCUACUGCAAGCGUAGGGAAAACGACGAACUCUAUUACUGGACCAAGACUUCAACCAGCCAGGUGUUUCCAUCCCCAAAUGCAAUUCCCACUGAAGCCAUUUUCCCAGAAAAGGCAUCUGCCCAUCUUCAGCGCCUUUUGAGGAAUUGACCGAACUUGUUCUCUUCUUUCCGUCCUCAUUCAGGGUCUUUAUUGCCUUUUAAUGUUUUUAUGGGGCAGAUAGUAUUGAUGUACCUUCCUAUGGUCUUUUUUUUAUUGUCUUUAGUCUCCACAACUUUGUUGACAUCUCUUCAACUAUGUGAUAAUCAACUUCAAUGCAUAAUCCAAGUUUCCACAGUAAUUCAUUAGUUUUUCAUCCUCACAAUUAUAUUGAUUGUUAUAAAUUCAUUCAAAUAUUAUGCAUGAGUAGCAAGUAGCACUAUUUCAUUUUUUUUAAUUUGAAAUUCUCUAUGGUAAUAGAGGUGGUAGACAUUUUACUUCCCUGUGAAUAUUUAUUUAUUUUUUAACUUUUUUUUGUUGGAAACCGACGAGCAAUAACCUGCUUCUCUGUGACACCAAAACUCUGACUUGAUGCAGCCCAUUGACUUUGUCUUGUUAUAAAACUUCAGCAAGGGACUGCUUAUUCAAUUUCCCUCUUUUGAGGAUGAUGUCUCCAUCUGCACACCCCACCAUGAUCUCCUUUCUUUCCACUGCAGUUGACUGCUUGCAUUCCCAUUUUCCAUGGAACAAAUCUCCAAAUUUGG